AUGGAGGAGGAGGAGGAGGACAUCUCUGGCACGUGCGAGGCGGGAGGCUGCCAUGAGAGCGAGGGCAGCGGGAGCCCGGCCCCUGCGCAGGAGCAGGGGCUUAGUCACAGUGCUACGAAGUAUGUCCCCCCUCAAGUGAGAGGAGCUCAGGAGGCACUAGAUGACAAAAAGAGAGAAGAAUUGGGAAGGCUGAAGAAAAUGGUGAAUGGUCUCAUUAACAGGUUGAGUGAACCAAAUUUGCCUUCCAUCAGUGGCCAGCUGGAAGAACUCUACAUGGCCAACAGUAGAAAGGACAUGAAUGAAACUCUAACAGAUAUUCUCAUGAGUGCUUGUGUUACUGCAGCUGCAAUGCCUGCCAGGCUGGUGAUGGAGCAUGUCCUUUUGGUCAGCAUCCUUCAUUACACUGUAGGAAUUGAGGUUGGUGCUCACUUUUUGGAAGCUGUGGUGAAGAAAUUUGAUGAGCUCUAUAAAAGUGAUGCUGAAGGAAAAGAAUGUGAAAAUCUGUUUGCUUUGAUUGCCCACCUGUAUAACUUCCACGUGGUUCAUUCCCUCCUGAUCUUUGAUCUGCUGAAGAGGCUUGUUAGCACGUUCACAGAAAAGGAUAUUGAGUUGAUUUUGUUUCUUCUGAAAAAUGUGGGCUUCUCCUUAAGAAAAGAUGAUCCGUUGGCUUUGAAGGAGCUGAUCAGUGAAGCACAGAGCAAAGCAAAUGCGGUGGAGAAGAAACUUCAGGAUCAGACUAGGGUUCGUUUUAUGCUGGAGACUAUGUUGGCCCUGAGGAACAACGACAUGCGUAAGAUUCCUGGUUAUGAUCCUGAACCAGUUGAAAAACUCCGUAAAUUGCAACGAACACUGGUUCACAACAGUGGCUCUGGAAAAGACACUCAGCUCCGUGUCUCCCUAGAGUCGCUGCUCAGUGCUGAUAAGGUUGGUCGCUGGUGGAUCGUGGGCUCAGCGUGGAGUGGAGCACCAAUGAUAGAUGAUACAAACAACAAGACUCAGCAAAAACUCCAUAUAGGAAAGGUGAGUUCAAAAAUAAUGGCACUUGCUCGUAAGCAGAGAAUGAACACUGAUAUCAGAAGAGGUAUUUUUUGUGUCUUGAUGACAAGCGAAGACUUCCUGGAUGCCUUUGAAAAGCUUCUGAAGCUUGGACUGAAAGAUCAGCAGGAGAGAGAAAUUGUUCACGUUACCCUUCACUGCUGCUUACAGGAGAAAAUAUAUAACCCCUUCUAUGCAUUUUUGGCUAGCAAGUUCUGUGGAUAUGAAAGACGAUUCCAGAUGACAUUCCAGUUUAGUAUUUGGGACAAAAUCCGAGACUUGGGAAACCUCUCAGCCACUGCUGUCUCCAAUUUGGUUUCACUGUUAGUUCACUUGUUACGGACCAAGUCUUUGCCACUGUCGGUUCUUAAGGUAAUUGAAUUCAGCGAACUAGAUAAACCCAACGUCCGUUUCCUGCGACAAGUAUUAAGCAUGCUGUUAAUCAAAGCAGAUGCUGAAGAUCUUCAUGACAUUUUUGGGAGGAUAUCUGAGAACCCCAAAUUGGGAAUGCUGAGGGAAGGUUUGAAGCUUUUCCUUUCCCACUUCUUACUGAAAAAUGUAGAAGCCCACAAAAGUGGUGAGGAGGCUGACUUGUUAAAAGAGAGAGUGGAACUAGCAAGCAAAGCUUUGCAAUCAAAAGAACCCAAGUUGAAACUAUAAUUCUGGUUUUCCAAUAAAACACCUGUGUGGAAAAACUAGGUCUACAUGA